UUGCUUCACUGCAGACGACAAUCUCCCGUGCAAACCGCAGAGGCGCCGUAGAGGCCGGAGACCGUCGCCUCGAACAGAAGCUGAAGUUUCAACCUGACGGCCCAUUUGCCCCUGCCGUGACUUGUGCGGCGAGUUCCUGUUCCCUGUGGAAUCGUAGCAUGUUCCGACAGUCAAUGCCCUAGUGAAGGCGUGGCGGAUUCGCUGAGUUUUGACGUGAACCAUGGAGACAACCACCGACACCACCUGCCCACACGGGCCUCCAGAUUUUUGGAGUAUAGAAGAGGUUGGUCUGUGGCUGGAAUCCGUGGGAUUCCGAGAACAAAAAGGAAUAUUCGAGCGGCAUAAAAUCUCGGGCAAAGCCCUUCUACAACUAAAUGAGCAAGAUCUGCGGAAUCCGCCGAUGGGAUUGCCCUGCCUCGGGGAUAUAAAGGUUCUGUCGAGCCACAUUAGAGAGCUCAGGCGGAUCUACUGUCCGCAUUCAGCUAUCGACUCACAGAGACGCUCCCUCUGCUCUUCGCGGCUGGAUCGCCAGAGACGAUUCGAACGAGUCAUCUCGGAUGAGUCGAGCGACACGGACGAGAACCUUGAUGAAGAAGCUCAUAGUGAUACAACUUCCAUAUUUUCAUUCGAGAACGACGACGAGACCACCACGGUCGAUGGAACGAGAAAGAGGUUCAAGCCAGAGAUCUGGAAAACUGUGGUGGCCAUGGCCUAUUUUUUCGCCGUUACCGCGGUCACUUCAUUCGUUAUGGUCGUCGUUCACGAUCGUGUGCCUUCGAUGGAAACUUAUCCUCCGUUGCCGGACAUUUUCUUAGACAAUGUGCCUCACAUUCCAUGGGCCUUCGCGAUGUGCGAACUCGCCGGCGUUGUCCUUUUCGUUAUAUGGUUGGGUAUUCUAACAUUCCAUAGGCAUCGUUUCAUACUCUUGAGACGCCAAUUCUCUCUGUUCGGGUCGGUUUUCCUGUUGAGAUGUGUAACCAUGUUGAUCACGUCACUGUCAGUGCCAGGAACGCACCUUGAAUGCAGAGCGCGAACUCCGGGAGAUAUUUGGCAGAAACUGCAGCAGGCCUUCCAAAUAUGGCAGGGAGGCGGUUUGCUGAUCCAAGGAGUAAGAACGUGCGGGGACUACAUGUUCUCAGGCCACACGACAGUUCUCACAUUGCUCAAUUUCUUCAUCACGGAAUAUUCUCCGCGAAGUUAUUACUAUUUGCACACGUUUUCCUGGGUGGUCAACUUGUUUGGAAUCUUCUUCAUCUUGGCGGCUCAUGAGCACUAUUCGAUCGAUGUCUUCGUAGCGUUCUACAUCUCGACUCGUCUAUUCCUGUACUACCACACGCUGGCCAAUAAUCGUGCCCUCAUGCAAAUGGACUCGAAGCGUACACGGAUAUGGUUCCCUCUGUUCUACUUUUUCGAAAGUGGGGUCGACGGCAUCGUACCGAACGAGUUCGUGACGCCUCGAUCUAUUAUGAGGUACUUCAAAGUGAAAAGUACACGACUGUACGGUCGAGUGGCGACCAAGAGCGGCCCGCUGGCGGAAUCAAUGAUAGAAACGAUUCGAAGAAAGAAACGGGAAUGAUUUCCGGAGUCGUAUCUUCCCCAGGAAAAUCUGGGGUUCUACAAGUACCGAGAAUGAGAUACUUACUCAGUGACAGGAGCCUUAUUACUUAUCAUCGAGCGACAUCGAGAGCCUACAAAGUGUAAAUCGACUGAGAGCCAAAACCCCUGUGUGACUGUCGCCCCGGAUUGGAUCAGGCUUUCAACGGGAAGAAUGUUUUCUGGUUCAUGGAGUGUUGUUGAAUAUAUAUAUAUAGAAUAUCUAAUGGAAAUCAGAGAGGCCGGGAGGCCAGAUGUCGCAGCUUUUGAAACAUGUGAAUAGA